AUGGCCCAGAUGCAACAACAACAGCUUCGAGCACUCUUGCACAUCUUUGUCGUGGCCCACUCUGUCGUCUUGCUACACCCCUCUGCUGAGUUUGACACGGGCCUAAUAGCUACCUUUCGACUCUUGGAGAAAGCCCGCGCCCAACUCCUUCAACUGGAUGGCAAAGCACAGCGUACUGCCAAGGUGGCUAGUGAUCGCUUGCAGGCCAGCCUGCAAGCCCGGCUCAAGCGCGUACUGGCGCGUGCUAAUCUCGAAACCCUUCCAAACGAAGAAAGUCGACAGCGAGGUCGGGAGGACGCCCGUUUGUUUGAUUUGCCCCCCGGAGAUUUUGUCUUUGUGCAUGCUCGGGAUCAGCGCCCCGCACAGGGUGCGGGCGGUCGACUUGAGGAAGUUACCUUUGACCCCGUCACUCGUCUUCUGGACACGUAUGGACUCAAGCCACAAGCUAUAUUUGCUGGCCUCGGCUCACUCGUGCUUCAAUCCAAAGUUCUUCAAGCCGACGAAGCACGGACAAAUACAGCAACCCCCAGCCAGAAGCAGAAUAGUAACAGCCGCGAAUCGGCGCUUGGCGCCCUGCGCGAUGCCCUGGCUUCAGACAAGCAGCAUUUGGCAGAGACCAGUGGCGCCUUCUUGGUGCGAGAUGACACGGACAAUUCAGUCCGCCACCACACCUCGGCUCAAACUUUUUUUCGAUGGGCUUCGGAUCUCCAUGCUGAUCUAGUCUUGCCUUCAGGACGCCGUCAAGCCUAUCGCGCCAUUCAUCCGGCCACCUUGCGCGCUUCGGGACAUGAGGAGGGACCUGAUGACGGGGAAUCAGUUCGUGAGGACAUUUUGCGCGUCUUGGACGCGUUGGACCUGAGCGAUGAUGAGGAGAGCGGUAGUGCAACUCACAUGGGCAGUGAACGUGUGGCCGAGCCCUUGGCUGAGGUCAAGGCAAUUUUGUGCGCUCCCACCACUGCGCUUGAAACCUGGUCACAACACCACUGCCAGCACGCCGGUGCUUUUGCAGCGGAGACCUACCGUCGGGAUUUGCCCGCGGCCUACAACGCCAGCACACACUACGAACACCUGAUGCACGCCUUGGUGACCUUUGCCAACACGGCUCGCGGUUCCAUGUACAGCUCAGGGGUCAAAUCGAUGCAAGAAGCCUUGCAGUCUUACUGGACCGAUGGUCGCCAGCUGUGUGAACUCCGUAGCGUCACGGGACGCCAUUGUCGGCACCGGCUGCAUGUCACGCCGGAACAGAUGCAGGCGAGAGCUCCGUCAGCUCCCAGCGCAGCCCAGUCCCUGCCCAUCAAGCCCCACGACAGCGGUGCCUCCUGGCGAUGCACGUGUGUGUGUGGGCGCUCCCAACUGGCCGUUCCUGACGUUUUUAGCGUCAAGGCAAUUGGUGACUACUUUGUCGAGCUGACUUGCUGUGCACAGGCGGUGACGUUAGCGCGACCCGUGGCCCAGUCCGCCACGCCACUCGAAGACGAUGAUGCUGUUGAAGCUCUGAGUGCAAGUGACGGUGCUGCAGAUGACGGGGUGGCCCCCACGGGUACCCAUUCCGCCGAUUUACCCGCGAACACAACCGGCGCACCCGCCCCCACUCGAGGGCGAGGUCGAAGUCAUGUCCGCAAGUCGACUUCCAGCAAUCCGCUGAGCAAGCUGAUGGCAGAGCAAGAGAUGUCAGCCACCGCUGAUGGCGCUGGCACGACCGGUGCUGAGUGCCGGAUAUCAUUAUUCCCAGGACGACGCCCCGAUUGCUGCUGCAUGGUGUACCAGCUUGGUGAUGCCGAAGCGUACCAGCCAACCACAGGUCUAACUGGCCGUCCGGGGCUCAUAAACUCUGCAGCUUAUCUAUUACCCUGGGAAGUGCCUCUGAAUGACCGGAUGGCCGCACUCUUCCCUGGUCGCGGGGUCUCAGUCUGGUCCAAGAGCAAGCUGCAGCGGAAAGCACGAGUCUGGGUGGGAUACGAGUACGAAACAGCCGAAGGGGUGCGAUUCUUUGCCGCCGGACCAAAUCGUGCCGUCAAGAUGUCCGCCUCGGGCCACCUCAAGGGAAUGGCCAACAAGGCCAUUGGCUCAGCAUUGCCCAUCGUCAUGCCCGCACCCAUCAAGGGCAGCCCUCAGGCACAAUUGGUUCGCUUGCACGUGGUGGUUCCCAACGCGCCUGUAGCAGUUGUGGUUCAGCCGAUUGUGCAGCUGAAAGAAAAGCCACCAAUCUUGUACAAGGCCGAGUGUGGCGUGCGUCUGGAGCCCGAUAGCUACGUCGUGUACCAGCUCCCCCGAAUAUUCUGUCAUGAGGGCAAGCCUGUGCUGCUUCCCACACACGAAGAGGCACGCAAGCAGUGGAUGCUUCGUCCAAAUGCCAUUUUUGUGGAGUCUGCAUAAUGACUUGAUGUUCUUGGCGUUGUUGGUCGGGAAUUGUCCUUCCUGCACUCGCUCAGACUCGGCGCCGAGCGCCGUGUGGUCUCAGAGUAGUGAAUAGACAAGUGGUUUGAAUUACGUCCCCAGUUGAGCAUACAUCCUCC